AGAGCUGCCAUCAGAAAGUCUCCUGAGUUUGGUACUUUCCUUAGACCUGUGCCCUGAAGAAAGACAUAACGUGGGGUUUUGUGUUUCCCUUUAGAGACUGAAUCGGGUUUGGCUAUGAGGUUGGUGAACGGAGAUGACAGGUGUCAGGGCCGAGUGGAGGUCCUGUAUCAAGGCUCCUGGGGCACCGUGUGUGAUGACAGCUGGGACAUCAAUGAUGCCAACGUGGUCUGCAGACAGCUGAGCUGUGGUUCGGCCGUGUCGGCCCCAGGAAGUGCCCGGUUUGGUCAGGGCUCCGGGCCGAUUCUUCUGGAUGAACUAGGGUGCUCAGGGAAUGAGACCUUCCUGUGGAGCUGCCCCAACAGUGGCUGGAACACUCAUAACUGUGGGCACCAGGAGGAUGCUGGUGUCAUUUGCUCAGGAUCUGAUUCUGGUUUGGCACUGAGGCUGGUGAAUGGAAGUGACAGGUGCCAAGGCCGGGUGGAGGUCCUGUACCAAGGCUCCUGGGGCACCGUGUGUGAUGACAGCUGGGACAUUAACGAUGCCAACGUGGUCUGCAGGCAGCUGGGCUGUGGUUGGGCCACGUCGGCCCCAGGAAAUGCCCUGUUCGGCCAGGGCUCAGGGCCAAUUGUCCUGGAUGAGUUGCGCUGCUCAGGGAAUGAGACUUACCUGUGGAGCUGCCCCCACAACCCCUGGAACACCCACAACUGUAGGCACUAUGAGGAUGCUGGGGUCAUCUGCUCAGGUCCACAAAUCGAUCCUACCGUCGGAGGUGCGUCCCUGCAGAACAACCCAGCAAGAUUCCUCUCUGCAAUCCCCCCUCUCAGUUCCCAGAAGGAGGAGGAGGAGGGCAGGCCCCUGUCGGGGAGGGGUGUCCCUGGGAGGACUCUGGAAUUUGUUUCCGUGACCAGCUGA